ACUCGUUCCACGAGCUGAGUCACGAGAUAUUGCGAACAAUCGCCUCUCUGCGCUCUGUUCGUCUCCUAGACGUGUGGAACUGCGUGUUAUCAGCUGAUGUCGUGGAGGCAAUUGGGAGGUACACGAGCUUGAGCACGCUGUUGAUGACGAGGACGAAGAGUGUGGAGGGUGGAGAGAGGCAGGGGACGGAUGAUGGAUUGAAGGCAACACCUUUGAAUGUACAUAUCAACUAUUAACUCGCUAACUCGUCUAACAAAUCUUACCGUCGGAUACAUCGAGACCAUCGACGUAUCUCAGUUGACGAAGCUCGAGCUCCUGCAAGAACUACACAUAGUCGGCUGCUUGAGUCUACAAAAUCGUUACGAACUUAGUUCGUUUUCUCAUCUUAACACGCUACAGAUCAGAUAUUUGUAACGUCGGUAUGCAUGUUUUGUUGAUAAAUUGACUCGUGUGUGUGUGCAGUAUUCAGACUCGUGGGUGAACAAGACGUUUCAUGGCACAGAAAGACUUAUGGACUAGAAGACGACUCUUAAAGUCAUACUAUGUCUCAAGCAGUUGUCGUGCUUGAUUCUCACUAAAGUCAACAUCAAGGACGACUUUAUUAAAGACAUGCCCGAUAUGCAGUGUCUAAGACAUUUGGAUGUUUCCUUUAGCGGUUUAAGUUUUGGAGGUCUCUGUCUCAUGCUGGCGAACACUACAAAGUUAAAGCAAUGUGUCUGUGUUGGGGUUAAGGUGCCUUCUGAAGAGUCGGUUGGUGAUAUGUUUAGUGGUGUAUCGGCGGGAGAUGUCUUGGUUUUGUCAAAUAAGAGCAGCGUUGAAGAGCUUGUUGAUUUGCUUUAUGUUCAUCGACGAGCCGCGAAAACGGUCGAAUCGCUGAUUGAAUGUACUGAUUCUUUGACUACAAACUCGAGUGAGGUUUUUAAUUCACAGAAGAAAAGCAAGCACAAGAUUUCUUUCAUGGCAGAUUGGAUGACUCACUAUCCUUGGCUGCUUGCGAUUCCGGACGAGGAUGAACCAGAGAAAAUUCAUGGUUUAAUUUGCAUGUUAUGUUAGCACUAUCGGACAAGACAGUCAAGUUGUACUGGUACUUGAUCAACAAUGGUGUGCCGAGCUUACUACACGAGGUGGCAGUAACUUGUGAAUAGCAAGAGUAGGGCUGAGAAUGAUGGUGGAAUUCAGGUAGUGUUUGAAAGACAAAUGUGC